AUGAGUGGCUGUGGGCGAAAGCACCGCGCGAAGCAUCUCACGCGGCAGUUUCUCGAUACAUCUGCAUGGACGGGACCAGCCGACGGUGAGUGCUUGGCGGUGUGUGUAGAGUCCCCCCAGGGACAACACCUACGCGUGCUUCUGUGCGAACCACACACGAUUAAUAAUAAUAAUAAUAAUAAUAAUAAUAAUAAUAAUAAUAAUAAUAAUAAUAAUAAUAAUAAUAAUAAUAAUAGUAACACCAACAACGAUACGAAUAGUAAUAGUCAUGGUAGUAACAAUAACAAUAACAACAGUGAUGAGAAAAACCAUGCCAAUGGUGUUGACUGUAUACUCAUGGAUGAUGGUAUGUGUCUAGUGGAGCGGUUGGUAUUAUUUCCCGGCAAAUUCCGUAAAGUUAUUUGGCUUGGCGUGAAGGACGUUAUCGUGAUUGCCGAUCGCACAACUGUAGCCUUCAAACCGUCACCAGAGCAACUCAAACGUUUCUACCGUGAACACCCGCAGUGGCAGUCGUGGCUGACAGCCGCACAACAACGCGUGGAGGAGCGCAGACGAACCGCAGAACCACAACAGGCAUACGCACGGACAUCACACAAUGCUAAUAAUACUAAUACUACUACUACUAGUGAUGGCACUGUGAUUACAAACGCAACUACAACAUCAGUGCUACCAAUGGUAUCAGGAGAUACACGUACAGAAGAUGAGAUGCCGUUGAAUCCUAACCGUAACACUAUCAAACAUCGUCAGCAGUUCUUCUACGGUGAUGAUGACGAUGACGAUUGUGAAGAAGAAGAAGAGGAAGAAGAAGAAGAAGAGAAUGAUGAUAGUGGUGAAGAAGAGGAAGAAGAGGGAGAGGGAGAGGAGUGCAUUACAGGAGGCCAGUAA